UGCUUGUAUUUUGUGACUCUCGUAAAAACAAAAUUUAAUAACUUUAAAGCAUUUAAAAAUCAAAACAAACUCUAAGUACUAAAUGAACCUUUGAAACAAUAACUAUCUAAAAAUUUAAAGCGUUUAAAACGGCUUUGAAAUGGUUGUGACGUGUGAUAUACAAUUUGAAAAUAAUCCAGAAGCCACAUUCUAUGCUGGCCAGGUGAUAACGGGUAAAGUUACCUUACAGGCUGAUAAAAUAAAACAAGUUAAAGCCGUUACUUUAAAAAUAAAUGGCUCGGCGAAAACCAGAUGGUCAGAGAAAGGUUCACAAAAUAAUAGUGAUACCACAUAUUGGGGCCAAGUGGACUAUAUGAAUACGGUGACAUGCUUAUUAGCACCAAAUGCUACUGAUCAAGCGGUUUUAAUAGAACCCGGUAUUCAUACUUUUAGUUUUGCCUGCCAUAUACCUGCUAACUGCCCUUCAUCCUAUGAGAGUAUUCAUGGCCAUAUACGUUAUAUCAUACAGGUUUCACUAGCACGUCCUUGGAAAUUUGAUCAGACUUUCACUAGGGGCUUUACUGUACUCACAAUAAUGAAUUUAAAUUACGACAGUCCUUUGUUAAAGCUACCUGUUAAUACCGAUAUUACCAAAGUUUUCUGCUGCGGUCCUUUCAAAAGUGAUCCCUUACAAUUACAUGUACAAUUGCCACAAACUGGUUAUGUGCCGGGCCAACUUAUUCCUGUUAGUAUUUUAGUUACAAACGAUACCAAAGCUCGGAUUAAUGAAAUUUGUGUACGCCUGGUUAUGGUGGUUAAUCUGUUCAGUACACAUCCGCUGCAUAAGAGUAAAUCAGAAACGAGAACUGUUUCUAAACUGAUAGGCGAUCCAGUGUUAAGACAUUGUAAAAAACAUUUCAACUAUUUGCUGCCUAUACCUGCCACCCCACCCACCUGCUAUACUUUAUGCAGCAUCAUACAAAUUGCUUAUCGCGUCGAGGUGGAGGCCAAAAUGCAGGGUAUGAUGUUUACCAAUCAAUGUAUUCACACACCCGUUACCAUUGGCAAUGUACCGCUACAAAUGGAUGGUAUGGUGGUGCAACAGCAGCCCAUGUUUAGACAAUUUGAUAUAACGGAAAAUUAUGGCAGUGGUGUGGGCAUAAUAGAAAAUAAUAAUGAUCUUUCUACUAGCAAUAGGAAUAUGGAACCUUGGUCUGCUAUGGGUAAUAUCCCCGCUCCUGUCUACAUGGAAGCUACUCAUAUGCCUCAGGGUAAACUUUCUGAGGAAUCUGCUCAUGAUUAUGGUGAAAAAAAUUUUUCCCCCAAAUAUCCUGUGUUUAAUAUACCAAGUCCUACUAGCCUUCAGCCCUCGAAUGGAGAUGAAACAGAUGGUCCUGUGUGCCCGCCGACGGUCACAGAUCCCGAUAAAACUACUUGGCUGUAAAAUAAAAUCCCCUGUUUUGUUAAUAUUUUUACAUUUAUAAUAAAAAGUUGUUCCCUUCCCAGGAGCAAGAUAUUAAAGUUAUAUUAUUAUUAAUUUA